CGAGCGAAUUCUACAAUGCAAUGAACCAAACGACGUUCAAGUUUGGAUGUAGAAAUGUUCGCUUCAGUGCCGCCAAGAAGUUCUCAGGGAAAUUAAUAAUAUACCAGAAUGAAGAACUCCCGAAGGCCAAGUCAGUGCCCCACGCAUUAUAUUGCGAAAAAGGAUGGUUCGUAAUAAUCAUCCAUGCGCCGGGUAUUAAGAAAGACCAAGUAAAGGUCGUGGUGAGCGGGGAAAACAACAAAAUAGUCACAGUAACGGGCGUUGUGUCUCCUCCACCCUGCCAAAAAAAAUUCAUAAUAAAUAUGCUCCCGACGGGUGCUUUUGAGUUUGACGUUGAACUCCCAGGAAAGGUGGAUACAAUGGCAAUUGGUCAGGUUGCCAUACAAGAUGGUGUCGUCACCAUCAAGGUGCGAGAAGCACCGGAACAACAAUACAUCAAGCUUUCAGUAGUCAAUGAUGAGGAUAGUGACUUAUGA